AUGAGAAAUGCUCUCGUUGUUCUAGUUCCCGUGUGUAUUGGACUUACUUCCGGAUUUAUUGUUCCCUCUAGCAUACAGGAGAUUUUUGAAAUCAGUCAGAAUAAUGAAAAUUUCGUAUCAUUGAACGGUGUUCUAUCAGAAAAAAAGUUGCAAGGAGAUGUACAAUUGAAACCUACAACAGUUACUACAAAAAGAAAUAAAAUAGAUACUACUGAAAGAAGCGCUAAUCAAAUAUUGGAUAAAUAUUUAUAUGAGUAUACCAUACAAAAAGACGUUAAUUUGACGGAAAGAUCAUUUAUUUAUAUAAAAAAUAAAAAAACUAAGAAUUUAAAAGAGUAUUUAGAUGACAAUAAUGCAGAAAAAUUUUCUCUGUUGAACGUUAAAAAUAUAUUUGACGAUGUUCAUCGUCGAUUAUAUGGACAUAUAGACAAAAAUAAUUUUAAUAUGCAAAGAGUAUUCGAGGAUUCCGGCCAUUGUUGUGAAGGAAAAUCAAGAAAUAUAGUAAAAUACAAUAAUGAUAUUAAAACAAAAGAUCUAGACAAAUUCCAAAUUUUUUUUGGAAUACCUGUAUUUUUAAAUGAUUUGGAUAAAUAUACAGGGGAUACUAAAGAUAAAGUUAAGUCAAACUCUUAUUCUGACUAUCUUAUUCCUACAAAUUCAAAAGAUAAUAAGUCUUAUGGUGCUAACGAAAUUACACAAACAGCUGGUAAUCGUAAAAAUAGAACCACUGAUAAAACAUUCUCACUUGAAGUUAAAACUCCAAGUGAAAGUGAAAGCGAUGGUAAUGAAGUGUUAGACUACUUGAUAAACAAGAAUUUAGAAGAUAAAUCGCCUGAAAGGAAAAAUUAUAUUCUUCAAUAUGGAUUUCAUUAUUGUCGUGACUGCAUCGUUGAAGCGGAAAAACAAGUAUUAAAUGACCGUGCAUCUGUAAAAUUUAAAUGCAAGUGCGGUAAUGAUCAGGAUGUUAAGAAAAAUAGGCACUCGCAAAAUAGUUACUUUAAUAACUUAUAUAAUAAUUAUUCACUUCAUAUG